AAAUAAUACUUGCUAUUACAUGUAUUCAAUAGAGAGAUAAAAUAAUACGCCGGCUUUUCAUUAUAUCAAUGAAGCCUACAUUACAACUACUGCUAUUGUUCCUAUGGCAUUCCGUAUUAUUAUCAGUCUGCAAUGUCAUAACUGACCAGUAUCCGGCUUUGGUUUCCGAAUGUAGGGAUCGUGACUCACAAAAGCAAUAUAAGUGUAUACUGUCAAAUCUUAACAAAGCAGAUUGGUCACGUGACGAUGCAGAUGGCUUAAAACUGAGAUUACGACAAGACUUUUACUGGCAUCCAACAAAAAGGAUACGACGAGAAUGUAGAGCACUAACGAGAGAAGAAUUUAAAGAAAUGGUUGAUGCCAUAAACGCUUUAAAGAAAGAUAAAAGUAUGUCUCCGAAUGUGUAUGACUUCGUUGCUGAUUACCAUACAAACGAAGCAGUAAAUUCAGUUCACUUUGGUUCAAACUUUUUUGGCUGGCAUAAAAUGUAUAUUUUAAAAUUUGAAGAGCUUCUUCGAAAAGUAAACCCAAAUGUAACAUUAUGCUACUGGGAUUCAAGAUUAGACCAUCAUAUGAAAAACCCGAAAAAAUCCUUGAUGUUUACAUCAGAGUUUUUUGGUGACGCUAGAGGUCCCAUCAAAACAGGACCUUUUGCACGUUGGAAAACAAUAAGAAAUAAACCUCUCGUCCGAGACUUAGGAAGAGAAGGAAAUCCCAUUUCUUAUAAAGAUAUAGAAACCGUAUUAUCAAAAAAACACCAUGUCCAAAUAACGAACCCGACAUCGGAUCCUAACAGUCAAGUCGAAAUGAUGCAUAAUAUGGUCCAUGCCUUCGUCGGUGGUCAAAUGAAUGAUUUCAAUACUAGUUCUCAAGAUCCGUUUUUCUGGAUUCAUCAUGCCUUCAUUGACGCAGUUUGGACCGUUUUUUGUCGGCAGUUACGUCAUCGUAACAUCGAUCCACAAGAUGAUUACGUCAUCGUCGAUAACAAAAUGCACAGACCCGAGAGAUAUAUGGAUCAUCUAUUUCCAAUGAAGAAUAUAGAUGGUUAUAGCGAUUACUUUGCCAAUAACAUCUAUUCGUAUGGUGAUUUUGCAAAAUGUCCUACUUGUUUGAACUCUCCAUAUCUAAAAUGUGACUAUGCAUCAAACAAAUGUGUAGGCAUCGAGAUUCACGAACCACGUAGAAGGGUGGAGACGCCCCCAGAAAGAAUAAAAACAAACCAUUUAUCUACACCUCAGAAUGAUUUCACCGUACUGGCAGGAGAUGAUAAAGACUGGGUCUAUAUCCCGGUUAAAAUUAUUGUUCGGAAUGCUCUCGAAAAAUCCAUUAAGAAAAAUGUUAUCGGCGGAUGUGAAUAUUUAGGAGCCGGAUAUGAUGAUUUAUGUUCAAAGUCUGUAGCCAUAGUUCAAUCCAAUGGAAUAACGUACCACGGGACAUAUAGAAAUUAUAUUGUAAACGAUGCUUCUGUUCCUCAGUGGGUAUACGCAUAUGUUGGAGUUAAAGAUCCAGGAACAGGGUCGAGUCAGGCUUUCAUCAGUGUUACCGACAAAAACCACCAGCCAUGUGAUGCAUUUUGUCUUGAUCUAAAAGCGAAAAAGUAUCGGUCAUGUCCAGGAGUAAUUUCCGUAACAAAUAAGAAACCAAGGAUGUACUAUGACACCCUUAAGGAAGCAGAGGAAAAUGGAUAUCCAUUUAAUCCUUUAGAGGCGGAUACUCUUGAUCCGAGAAUUAAAAUGGCGUUCCUUUGCUAUUAA